AUGUCAUUUGAUCUAGAAAGUUGUGAAAACUCUGAAUCCUCUGGAUGCUCCAUUGAGGACAAACUUCCCACCAAAAACUGUUUGAUUCGUGGAAAAGAUGGUGUCUACGCCGUCGGUAAAAAGGUUGCUCAAGGCAGAUAUGGAGCAGUUUAUGAAGUUUUAAGACGAGCAGACGGAAAACCAUUUGCAUGCAAAUUGGAGAUCUGCGAAGCUCAUUCACAUGGAUUGGAUCAAGACUACAGUGUCAUGACUAAAGCGGCAAAAAGAGGAGCGGAGAAUCUGGUGAGAAUGAUAGAUCGUGGAAAAAUAGAGGAACAUUUUAAAUUUAUAAUCAUGCCAUUGCUCGGUGAAAAUCUGAUGAACCUCCGGUUCCUCUUCGAAGACGGUCGUUUCUCCCUUUCCACUGGUCUCCGUUUGGCACUCAUAGCAAUUCAACCUAUUCAAGCCCUUCAUCAGAUUGGAUAUGUUCAUAGAGAUAUCAAGGCGUCAAAUUUCUGUAUUUCGGAUCCGCACAUGCUCCAACAGAACCCAGAAUCAUUGAAAUUGUGCCUGAUUGACUACGGAAUAUGCAGAUCAUUCAAAGACAAAAGUGGAGAAUUGAAGACUCCAAGAACUGAUAUAAAAUUCCGAGGAACCAACAGAUAUGCCUCACUGGCUGCUCACUACGGAGAGGAACAAUCAGCGAAAGAUGACAUGGAAUCAUGGUUUUAUAUGAUGAUCGAAUUGAUUUCUGGAAACCUUCCCUGGUCAUUCAUGCAUCGUGAUCAGAACAAAGAAGUCGCCGCGAUGAAAGAAGCAUGCAGAACUACGGACGGUUCAUUGAUAAUGAUGAAAUUUUGUCCGAGAAUUGAAUUUCACCGUAUCCAGGCGUACCUCAUGGGUCUGAAAUAUCAGAACACAGUGGACUAUACAUUCAUCUCUGAAAUGGUCCAUUUGGCAAUGAGAAACAAUGGAGUGAGGAUGAGUGAGAAGUUCGAUUGGCAAGAAGACUAA